GCUGGCCUGUUUACCUGAUGCUGCAGGAGGAACAGCUGCUUCGGGUGAAUACAUUUUUAAUGUCCAUGUCAUGGAUUAAUUUGGAAGCAGUGGGCUUUGCUGAAUCCUUCCCAGAAAAUCUCUACAAAGAUGUGAUUCUGGAGACCUUCAGCAACCUCUCUGCCACAGGCGACAAGUGGAAGGAUCAUAAUAUUGAAGAACCUUGUGACAGUUAUAGAAGAAAUACAAGGCAUCUUCAAAGACAUGAAAACAUUCAUACUGGAAAGAAACCAUAUGAAGGUGACCGUGUGAAUGAAACCAAUGUGGUAAAGCCUUUGUAAGAAAUCACACUGCUGCUGGGUGGUGGUGGCGCAUGCCUUUAAUCCCA